AUCAUUGGUUCUUUGACGAAAUUUUCCAGAGAAUUGCUUGUAAAUGCCACUGUGUAGAGCAGUUGCCUCUUGGAGUUCUCGCAUAUUGGCUUGCAUGGGUUUUGGGGUAUUUUGGAGAAUAUCUUCCACCCCUUAUUGAUAUGAUGAUGGAAAAAUCGAAGGAAAAAUGCAGAGCUCUUCGUAAUAGCAGAAGUUGUCUUGGAUGCUGUAGGAAUUCUCCCCAUGUUGUUUCAGCGGAUAAGCCAUCUAAAGGCCCAAAAGUUGAGAGCAAACGAUUGAGGCAAACUAGUUCAAGCGACGACUCUAGGAGCUUUACUGUGAGCGACAUGGAGAAUAGCACAUUUCCCUCCCAGGGAAGCAUCUCAUCAAUUAGCACAUCAAAUCAGGCCCUUGAUCCUCACAGUAACUCUGUCACCACGAAUAACGCUACGGAAUUUGUAAAUCAUGGUCUACUUCUUUGGAAUCAAACAAGGGAACAAUGGUGCGGAAAUAAAACACCACAGAAGCGUGCUUCAGUUCGAGAACCCAAAUUAAGUUUAGAUACAAGUUACGAGACGUUGGUAGGGACCAAUAAGCUUUUCCCUCAAGCAAUCCCUCUACCGGAAAUGGUAGACUUUCUUGUUGGUGUAUGGAAACAGGAGGGGCUUUAUGAUUAAGUGGCCACAUAAUUCAUCAUUCUCAGCAACUGCAAAUUGUGUUUUGCAAGUUUUACAGAAGCCAAGACAUAAAAAAUUCAAACAGCCAUGUGUAUCUGUAUAUUGAGAUGAAAAUGGAACUUUGGUUACAAAAAAACACUAUGUUCUCAAGAAAAAGUAAUUUAUACAUGUUAGGCAGGCCAAAACUCAAACACAAUGAGCCUUGGUAGUUAUUAGAUACAUUGAUGGGGGAGAGAAUUGGAUCUCUUCUCAUAAAUAUAAAUUGUUUUUAGGUGCUUGUACAUCCAGUCAGGUUUGUCAGCA